AUGGCUUCUUCGGUCUUCUUCAAAUUCAAGUCACAAAAGGAGCCCACGAGGGUAGAAUUCGAUGGUACUGGAAUCUCAGUGUUCGAACUCAAACGCGAGAUCAUCAUCAAGAGUGGCCUGGGAGACGGUACGGAUUUUGACCUCUUGAUUUACACAGACGACAACAGUGAGGUUUAUGAUGAUGACACGACCAUCAUUCCUCGAUCGACAACCGUCAUCGCCCGACGUCAGCCUGCGGCGAAGCCUGGCGCAGGCAGGGCAGCUCGAUAUGUCACCGGCAAGAUGCCCGUCGCGGCUAAAAAUGCUGGACGGAAAGAGCAGACUGCCAAAGCCCCGGCAUCAAAGACAUCGGGCGCUGCCCUUAGCCAAAUGAAUAAUGCCAUGACGGAAGAGGAAAAGAUGGCUGCCAUGUUUGCCGCUCAGACGGAACAAUGGUCAGCCCAACAGGAGGAGCUGUCUCACCAAGCGCCUGUCUUCAAACCCGGUGCUAAACGACCAGUCAAUGUGCCUGAUCAUGAGCCGCCAAACGGAUAUAUCUGCUACCGGUGUGGCAAUAAGGGCCACUGGAUCCAAAGCUGUCCCACAAAUGACGACCCUGAGUUUGAUAACAGACCUCGAGUGAAGCGUACCACUGGUAUUCCUCGCUCAUUUCUGCAGAAGGUUGAUAAAUCGGACAUUCUGGCUCAAUCAGAAGGGGACGAUUCCAAGAGACCAUCCGGUAUCAUGGUGAAUGCCGAGGGCGACUUUGUCAUUGCAGAGCCCGAUAAGGCAUCAUGGGAAAAAUACCAGGCCAAAGCUGCCAAGUCAGCUUCGGCAUUCAAGGACAAUGAGUCGGCCGACAAGGAAACUCAGAGCCUCGGAUUGGAGUGUUCUAUUGAUAAGAGGAUGUUCAUAGACCCAACGAAAACGCCCUGUUGCCAAAAGACGUUCUGUAACGACUGCAUCAGCAAUGCUCUUAUGGACAGUGACUUCGUCUGCCCUGCUUGCAAGACAGAAGGCGUUCUUCUGGAUGACUUGCAACCUGAUGAGGAAACCUCGAAAAAGAUUCGAGAAUAUUUAAAGGAAAAGGAAGCUGCUAAAGCGAAUCCACCGGCCGCCGCCUCACCUAAGAUGGAGGUCAAGGUCGAUGAAACGGAAGCAGACGCCACCUCAGCCGAUCUUGGAGUAAAUGGAACGCCCAAUGAUACGCAAGCUAAGCAAGAGUCUCAUAAUGCCGAACAAUCAGAGGUCAAGGCAGAAUCGCCAUCAUCUGAGAAAUCGAAGUCGCCAAAGCCAGCAGAAACAGAUUCCGAACAGUCCCAGGAGACCAAACCCGACAACAAAGAUGCUGCUCUUUCAAAGAAGCGACCCGCCGACGAGCUCCUGGAGAACCCGAAAAUCCCCAAAGGACCUCGUGCUAUGCAGAACCAACCGAACAUCAACCCUAUGAUGAAUGGUGGCAUGCACGGCAUGCACGCAAUGACUGGCAUGACCGGUAUGGAUGGUAUGAAUGGCAUGAACAACAUGAACGGCAUGGACAUGAACAUGAUGUUCAAUGGCAUGGGAAUGAUGCCAAAUAUGAUGGGUAUGCCAAACAUGCCCAACAUGAAUAUGAUGAACAUGGGCAUGGGGAUGCCCAAUAUGGCGAUGGGGAUGGGGGGAAUGCCUAACAUGAUGGGUAUGCCCGGGUUCAACGGCAUGAAUAACGGCUUUGGCGACGGCGGUUGGGGAAUGAACGGGAUGGGUAACAUGGGCAACAUGGGCAUGGGAGGAAAUAUGGGAGGAAAUAUGGGCCCCAUGAAUGGUAUGAACGGUGGCUUCCAUAAUGGCGGCAACGGCAUGCAUUAUCAAGGCGGCAACGUGGGAGGCGACGACGACGCUUAUAUGCGCAAGCCUAUGAACCCGUAUCGGCAGCAGAACAAGCAGCGUCGCGUACGCCCGAGCGACUACAGGGAGCUCUAG